AUUGAUAUGAAUUUUGAAGAUUGUUUUGGUAGCCAAUCUGCGAAAAACGCGAAUUUAGAAAUAUUUAAAUCAAUGUGAAGUUGAUGCAUGUGGUGUAAAACGCAAAAUUGGUUAUAAUUUUAUAAAACAGAAUAUUAUUACACAACAAACAGCUACCAAACCUUCAACAUUUGAAAGGCAUAUGUUUCUAUUGAACACACAAUUUAAUUUGUAGAGUUGCAUGUUUCGGCCUGUUUUGCAAAAUGUAAACAAUGAUAAUACCGCCAUGUGUUAUAUGAAUUAACCGAAAUCACAAACAAAAUAUAACAGUUCUUCACUAAGCUUCAAUAAGAAGAACAUAAAUUAUGGAUAGCUUUGAACCGCAAGCUCUGUUGAUGCACAAUGUGCAUGACCUUCGCAGGCGUCUGUUAGAAACAGAGAGAAACUUGAAAAAGCUUUCAAAAAUUGAAAAUCGAGAGAAAAAUAGAUUUGAUGAGGAUGAUGAUGUUGAAAGUAUAAGUACAGUAGCAAGUCACCCAGACAGACUAUUUCCAUUGACAAUGGAUGAGCUACUUCAGUACCCAGAUAAUAGACAAGAUGACAGAGACAGCAUAGCCUCUGGUUUAGCUACACUGCCUGAAUCUUCUUAUGCUGGCUUUGAAAGAGUCAAUCCUUUAUCCAGUACUCCUAGUAAACCAAAGUAUACAUCUAAAGAUGAAAGACUCAGCUACAGCUUAAUUGAGGGUCAUCAAAAGGUCAACAAUGAGUCAGCAGAAGUAAGAAAUGUGAAAGAGGCUAACAGGAAGUUACUGUUACAGAAUCAGAAAUUAUUAGUGGAGACAGAAAAAUGUAGUCGUGAAUUACUUGGUGCUAAAUCAAAGGUACAGGAGCUAAGCAAGGAGUUAGAUGACUUCAGGGAACAAGUUCCAGAUUUAGAGGAUAGAAUAACAGGAUUGCAAGCUGAAACAGAAUCCCAGGAUUCAGCUCUUAGGGAUGCUGAGGAGAGAUAUGACAGAAGUCAAAAACAACUUGAUGAAAACAAACAAAGCAUUAAAGAUUUAGAAAAUCAUAUUGAAGAAUUCAGAUCAGAACUAUCUGAUGAAAGAAAAAAGAGAAAGAGUACUGAAAAUCAGAGGGAUGAAGCUUUACAAAACCUGUUAGAAUCACAAGAGAUGCUGGAAGAUUAUCAGAAAAAGACAAAAGAGAAGAUUAAAAAGAUGGAAGAAAAUGAGGAUUAUCUACGAGACAGUCUGGCUCAUGGUAACAGGGAACGUGAAGAACUACUUGAAAAACUUUCCCUGUUACAGUCUAAAGUGAGGAAUCAACAUGAUGAUAUCAGACAAUACCAGAGUGAAGAAAGGGUAGAAAUGGAAACAAAGAAUCACUUAGAACAACAAAAUAUGGACCUGAAAUCACAACUAGCUAAGGUUACAGCUAAACAUAAUAAAUCUGACAAUGAGUUGAUGAUGAUGGAAAGUAUUAAAAAAGAAAACACACGACUGAAGUCACAAGUGAACAGACAACAAGAACAGCUAAAUACCUGUACACAGGAGAUAGAAGAGAGUAGAACCAUGCUGGUCCAACUAGAACAACUAGCUUCUCAAGUUCAACAAGAUCAAAGCAGAGGCAGUAGAGGUGCAAGUUUCAAUGACAGUGGUGUCUGUAGUGUGAGACAAGACCAAGGUGCUUCUGGUGGCUUUUAUAAGUCUACACAUAUUGAGCUUGAUACCUUCACAACAGAACAAACUUCCCCCAGGGGAGGAGCAAGAGCUAUCUUACAGGAUCUCAGGAUGCAGUUAGCCAUGAAAGAUGCAGAAAUCCAGAGUUUACAGGCCAGUCUUCAGUCAAAGGAAGCCAGUAGUCAGACAGUUGUCAUAGAAAGCCUGAAGUCAGACCUUACAUCUCUCAUUGAUAAUAAUAAAAAGGGACUAACUAGGGCACAAGAGAUGGAAUCCGCCAUAAGUUGUUUAGAAGCUGACAAAUCCAAGCUAGUAAGCCAGUUAGCCGAGGCCAAACGAGAUCUGGCUGAUAGAGAAACCCAGAAUACUUCAUUAGAAACAAGAAUCAAUCAGCGUAAUACACAGCUUAUUGAACUCCAGGAACAAAUUAAUGAAAAGUGUAUGGAAAUAACUACCAUUGAACGUGAGUCAAGAAGAAAAACUUCACAGAUGGCUAAUCUUGAACAACAGCUGGAUCAAAAGAUGACAGAGUUUUCUGCAACGGUAGCUCGCAUGAAACAGCUUGAGGAAGAAGUGGUUUCAAAAGAGGACGAGGCUAAUCGCUACCAGAAAGAGUUACAUGAAAAACAUCAAACUUUACAGAAAGUGAGAACCUCAACUGAUCAGAACCAACAACUUCAGAGGGAACAAUUUCAAGAAUAUGAAAAACAAAUAGAUAUCAUUCAAAACGAAAUGGAUAAAGCCAGCAGUGAGCUGAAGAACAAAGAAAGGGAAACAACUCAUCUAAAGAGAGACUUAGACCAUGCUAACUCACAUAUAAAAAGUGUAGAACAAUCAUUAAAGUCAACUAGAGAGGAGUUAAAUAUUAAGUCUAAGCAAAACAGAGAGGCUCUGUCCCAACUUGAUGUACAACAAACAGAGGCAACAUCUCAGAUAAAACAGAUGGAGACAGCACUGCUGGUCUGCAGGGAAGAAAUCAAAUCUUACAUUGAAGCAUUAGAAGAUUCUAAGGAAAGAUUUGAUAGAGAACUUCAAUACAAGGAAGAUCGGUUACGGGAAUUGGAAAGGCAGUUGAAACAUGCUAGAAAACUUCAUGAUAACAAACACCAAGAGAACCUAGAUUUUGAGAAAACUUUGCAUGAACACCAAACAAUGUUACAACAUAGCACAUGUCGUAUUACUGAGUUAGAAGAUAGUCAGACAGAGUUACAACAACAGGUUUCAAUAUAUGAACACCAGACAUUGACAGAGAAAUCACAAUUCAUGACAGAACUACAAUCAUCAGACAGAAAACUGAAGCAAGCUUGUAUUGACCUGGAGGAGAGGACUAACACAAUCACAAAAUUAACAGAUGCACUUAGAAAUUUAGAGGAAGAAAAAGGUCAUAUGAAUUCUGAAAUCAACAUGUUAGAACAACAGCUACAAGAUGAACAGGAGAACAGUGAUAAGAAGUCUUCCAGGAUGAAUAAAUUAGAGAAGGAUACGAGAGAUCUUAGGGUUCAACUGGAACAGAAACUAGAGAUGAUAAGUGAUUAUGAAGAUCAGAUUCAGCAGAGAGAACAGGAUAUGGAUCAACAAACCCAACUUGUUGCUGAACUUGACAGUGAAGUCAAACGACUACAGAUAACACAAAGCCAGGCCCAGUGUGAAUCUGAUGAUACAAGUAAACAUUUACAGAAAGUGUUGUAUGAAAGUAAAGCCAAGGAAGAAAUGAUAGAGGAUCUUAAAGAUUCACUUAAAAAAACUCAAGAAGAAUUGAAUGAGAAGAGACAUGCUGUCCAAGAGUUAACAGAGACAUUAGACGAGAGACAGCUAGAAUUACAACAGAGAGUAUCUCAGGUGGCAAGACUUGAUCAAACAAUCAAAGAACACCAUAAUGAAAUGGAACAAAGGAUUCAAAAAUUAGAUUCUACUUUACGCAAAUAUGAAGCUGAAAUUCAAGAAAGAACUGUACAGAUUUCAGAUCUAGAUGACCGAUUACAAGAAACACAGUUACAACUUAAAGAAACCAAGAUGUUAUAUCACCAGACUGACACAUUGGCCCAGAAACAGCAGAUAGAGUUACAGUCUAAAACUGCCAAGUUAGAUGAACUUGAGAAGCUGACACAUAGACAAAAAUUACAGAUUGAUGAAUUGAAGGAUGAAAAUGUAGAAAUUACACAGGAGUUAAGAUUAACAAGAGAGCAGUUACAGCAACAACAUGGAGAGUUCAUGGCUACCAGACGUAUGCUAUCACAGACAAACAGGGAAAAUGAGAAAAUAACAAGAGAAUAUGAGGAAAUAGCAAACAAGCAACAGUCAAGAGAGACAGAUACUGUUAGACUUGCAGAGGAGCUAGGUGCAGCAAGAGCCAGAGAGAAACAAAAUCAAGCCAAAAUCUCUUCAGAGGUUGACCAGAUGAAUGGUGAAAUUAAUCAUAUUAAAGCAAGACAUCAAGAGGAGCUUGAUAACCUCCAUGAUGAAAUGAAAGAUUUGAAAAAAGAUAAAGAAAGGAUAAAGAAAGAAUUGAUGGAAAGAGAGAGCCAGAUUAAAGACUUAGAAAUUCAUUAUCAGGAACAAUUUGAAAAACUUCAAGAUCAGUUGGAGGAAAUAAAUAAUGAAAUGGAGGCAAAGAAGAAAGUAGUCAGUGCUGCUAAUGAAUCAUUGAUACUGAAGGAUGCUGAGAUAGCAAGACUUCAUGCUCGUAUGUCUGGUUUUGAGAGAUCAAUGACUUCAUUUAGAGCCAUAGAAAGUUUGAAUCAAACGGGUGUUGGAAACCAGUCAGUGUUCCAGAGUUCUGGUGUAGAUAUGGUAAAUCGGCCUUUAUCUGGUGAAAGUCUUAUUCAAGGUGACAAUACACGGCACAGUGCAGAAUUUUUACGGACUUAUUCAGACUUUAUUCCAUCAAAAGAUGGCCCCUCAUCACUUCAUUCAUUUAAUAAUCCUCUAAUAGAAAAUGGACAUCAUCAUUUUCAAACAGUUGAUAAAAAUGUUGACAAUAUUCCUCACAUGAUUUUGCCUGAAAGUAGUGAUGAAAACUAUCAUCAGAGUGGUAAAAGUGGUGGACACUUAGGGAACCUCUCUGAUGCUGAAUUAUUUAGUGCUCAUCAAGGACAUCAACAUAGUGCAUUAAUCUCUCAUCAGAACCAAAAGACUUCUUCUAAACAUAGUACGAAGAAAGGAAAAGUUCAGAAAACUGGAAGACUAUCAGAUCAUUUACCUGGGGAACAUAUUAUAGAUCCAGAGACAGCAGUAGGGAAGUAUCAUUCAGAUCCUAUAGAAUACAGUGAGGAAGAAUCACCAGAAAAAUGUAUGCAUGACUUACAUGAAAGACUUCGAGCCAAUGAAAUUAGACAACAGAUGAUAGAGGAACAACUACAGAGUUUGGAUGAUGAAUGUGAUACUAAUUCUGUGUAAACUUGGACCAUUUUAUCAUUCCUGUAUCAGGGGGAAAUGUUUUGAAUUCAAUUGAAGCAUGAUCUACUGCUGUUUAAAAGACUGUCUUCACAUGAAGUUUUGUCCGUCCAUUAUAAUUAUUAUUAGUUUUAUUAUGUAGUAUCAUUAGAAAAUGCUCAUUUUCAAAGUACCAUUAAGCAAUUAUCAAAAGAAACUAGAUCUAUCAUUUUCGUAAUUCAGAAAAUCACACUUUGAAUAGAGCAUUUUAUAUAUUAUAAUAUUAAAACAAAGAAAUUUGUAAUACAAUCAUCAACUUCUUAGACUUGAAUAUGAAAAUCUAUGCUUAAAAUUUGAAAGAAUGAGAGGUAGAUUAUACAUAUAUUUCAGUGUUCCAAAUUAGCAAAUAAAGAAGUAUAUACUGGCAAAGUAUAGCAUUACAUUCCAAUGACUUCUUUUAAGACAUUCCAUUUAAGCUCUUCUGGAGCAAAGUGUCAUCAUUUUGUAUCUAGCAUCUGUCAUUAGUGGCUGUAUUCCUGCAUUAUUUAAAAAAAGUCUUCUGGAGAUAAGGGGCCAAAUUUACCAAACUUAACCUGAAUACUCCUUCAAAAAUGAUGCAUAAAAGAGAUAAACACCACCAAUAAUCAAAAUAGACCAAAUGUACCUCUUGUUAAUUUUUCGUCCUGAACAUGCUUGAAAUAUUUGCCACUUGACGUUCAGCAAACAACAAUCAAUCAAUUUUGUUUAUAAUGCAUUUAUACAAAACAUACCAACAAACAUGUUCAUUUCCACAAUUACUUUUAAUAAAGUCUGCUGUUCAUAUGAAAAUACUGUUUUCAUUACAAUAGAUUUUAGUAAAAUAUUAAUUGCAAAUACAUGCAGUAAUUAAAUUAUUUAUUUGAUCAUUUGAACUAAUUUUGGCCCAAAAGGAUUUUGGGAUUUUCAAUAUGAUCAGAUAUUAAAUCUACUGAUCAUACCAUGCAUCAAAUAUAGUUACUAGAGUAGAAAAUACUUCUAUACACAAUUUAUACAACUGGUUCUCAUCUUGACCAAAAAUAUUGCAUGAUUACCAAUUAAUCGUUUCUGGCUCUGUAGGUCUUUAUUAAAGUUGCCAUAUAAGAAAUACAGUCUCCUAGAAGUCACUUUUGUAUGCAUUUGUAUUUUAUAUAUUCCAAGUAUUAUAGUAUCUGUUAUAUUCCACAGAUCGUUUUAUUUAUAUUAUUUAUUAAAAUUGUUUUUU